CGGCCCUUUGGGUAUUUCAAGUGCCCUCCCACAGUGCAGUCAUAGUGAAAGCGAAAGUAAAAAGCCGUUGCCGUCCACAGGCAGUCACUUCUCUGUAGCUCCACGCAGAGUACGGGUGUUGAGGAGCGUGUCUGGUGACCGAACAUGGCCUCCAUUUUUACCCUGUUCUCAGCUGCUGUCGCCGUCAGUGUCGGCUUUGGAGAUGCACAGAAUGAGUUUGUGUGGGUUGAAUGCAAAUCCAACACGGGGCGGUUCGGCCAUCAGUCAAUGCUGGACUGUGUCAUCAAGACCUCAGAGGAAGUAGUAGAUCCUAAAAUCCUGACGGUCACGUGGAGGAAAGCGGGAGAUGAGGAUCCUUUGCUGGUGUUCAACAGAGGGAAGCUUUCGUCCACAAAAGGCUAUAGUUUUGCCCAACGGUCCUGGAAUGAUAAGAACAUGAACAUCUCGCUGCUCAUCGCUAAUACUGAAAUACAGCAUGAAGGAGAGUACACCUGCAGGGUGUUUACAGACAGUGGUGUCGGCCAGAAAGAGACCAAGCUCAGUGUGACAGCCGCGUACAAGGAACCAAUUAUAACUUCGAACCCAAUGAGGUUUCAACAAGGCCAAAAUCUCAUCCUGACCUGUGCCACGGAGGGCGGCUUCCCCCAAGGGGAACUGCGCUGGUACGUCGACAAGAAAACCGACUGGACAAAAAGCGCCACGUUUCAGGCGACUCCGGGACCGGACGGCCGCUUUAAGCUGUCCAGCACGCUGGAACUGCUGCAAGGAUCCACCUUCUCCACCUACACCUGCGUAGUGUUCAACGCCAGCAACGGAAAAGAGGAAGAAGUCACGUUUGACAUCAAUAAAUCAUUACCAAUCCAUGGCCCAGAACCUACAGAACCCUUAUUCAACCACUCCAAAUGGGUCGCGCCUGUGGUGGUCAUCGGGUCCCUGAUCGUCGGCCUGCUGCUGCUGCUGUUCUUCAGACGCCGAUGUCAAAAGCCUCGGAGGCCGUCGACAGCACCGCUCAUGGGUGAGCAUGAAACGGUACCAAACGCUCCACCAUACGACGAUGACGAAGCACCUGAUGUUGAGAAAGGCAAUUAUGCGUAGAUGGAUCAUAACCAGCGUUUCAUCCAUGUCAAAGGAGACCCUUCAUGUCACAUGAUACUGCCAACUUCCCAGCAGCCUCUGGAGUUAUUACUUCCUGGUUGAGUGAAUUCAGUCCUAUCACUUUAUCACUGUGCUUUAGCUAACACGAUAUAACCGGGAAGAGCUUGUAACUGUGAUUACUGUGAUUCAUCAGGUUAACCUGUAUUAACCUGUAUGGUGUAUGCACACAUAUUCAAGUCUGAAUAAUGUAAUAUAAUAUAGAAAUAUAGAAAUAUAUAUAUAUAUAUAUAUAUAUAUAUAUAUAUAUAUAUAUAUAUAUAUAUAUAUAUAUAUAUAUAUAUAUAUAUAUAUAUAUAUAUAUAUAUAUAUAUAUAUAUAUAUAUAUGUUAAAACCCAUUCUUAAUCAGCACAGACCCUGUAACUUCUCUUCUUGGUCUUUAACUUUGUCAAUCAAGUUCAGAAGGAAAUGGAAGACGGUGAAAGGUGAGCGUGGUGGUGGUAGCUUUUAGUUUGCACUGGAGCUUUGGCAUGUUGAAAUUGUGAGAAAACCAGUUAGUUGAGUGUAUUUUGAGUGUUCAUGCUCGUGUUCGUGUUUAUGUUUAUGUUUAGCAGCAAGUGUAGCAUUUGGCAGCAUGACUUUCUAUCUCGCUUCCUCUUGUCAUCCGCAUUCUUGGUUUCCGGCCUUGAGGCCGAAAGUUUGUUGCAAGCUUUUUUUUUUCUUUAAGCACUUGUAAUAUUGUGAAUAUGUGCCCAGAUUUUGCAGUGGUUUUCAAAUCUCCUAUAAUUACAAUGUGCUGAUCUGUCUACGUGCCUGUGACAACCAUUCGUAUUGACUUUGUAGAGGAACGAAAAUUAAUGAAUAGACUGUAAAAAGAAGUUGGUAAUUUAUUAAACUGACAGACGCUGAAACUGUUUGCAAACAGGCCUUAAUUGAAUUUCCAUCAUAUUUAAAUGGAUGAUCCUAUCAAUGUGUUUGUGCUUGUAUUCAUCAUAUAGCUGUUAAUAGGAUGGAUUCCUUUCUUUUUUUUAAUUAUUCCUGAUCCUGUAUCGCGUGCCAGCCCUUGCGAGAACGUUUUGACCUAUGAAGUCUGACCCCAGCAGCUUUCAUUUCCUUUUUUCAGCCACUGAUAAAGUUAAGCAGAUCGUUUCAGUCACAUUAUGUCCGCUCAUGCAAUUUAGGCAAAGUAAUAAAGUCUGUGAAAAGCACCGGAGCAUGUUUGUGUUCCUCUGAGUGAGGUCGGGGAAGCUGUGCUUAUGUAACCGUCCGCCUCAUUGUGAAAUCGACACAGUUUCUUACAUUUGAGUCAACUUUUCUGCACUCGUGAUGUUGUCAAACCAAACUUUGGAGCCUCCAUCAGAAAUCACGUAUCAACAUCAGCUGAUCUGCAAGGUUUAUGAUUAAUUUUGAGAUCGUAGUCUGAAGCCUGAAUCAUUACUCUCUCUAGGAGGGACCGAUAAUGCUGCGACGUGCUUAUCUUUCCUUUCAGGUGUUUAUGCAUGUGAGCAGUGUUUGUAUAUAACAAGUUCAAAUCUGUGACUAUUUUCAAUCUGUGUGUGAAGCUAUUCAUUGGGUCAAGUAAAAUUUGUUUGUUGUGUAUAUGUUAUUUUUUAUAUAUAUAAGUAAUAUGCACUGCGUAACCUUUCUAUUCAGAAUAAAUCAUUUGUAACAAAAAUGAAAGUGUUUUUGUCUGCCUGUACCACAUUAAACCAAAGGUACUGUAGGUACAACAAUCA